UGCACGGACAGACAGAUCUCCAUCGUCUGUCUUCUUCCUCCAUCGUCUCCUGCCUGAAGCAAAGCCUAGGGAGGAGCAGCAGCAGCAGAAGAACAACAAGAAUUCCUGGGUGGAUUACGGGGGGCGGAGAAGGAGGCAUGGAGCACCAUUUAGGCAAUCUGAGUGAGUUGUGGAAGAGCCCUAGAGGAACAGUGGUUCGUAUUGAGGUGCUUGCAUUGGUGGCCAUUGCCCUCUCCUUCUUUUAUGUGGCUUUUGGGUCCAGCCGCCGCUGGUCCAACCACUGGAUGGUUCAAAAAGGUGUCUUGGUUGCAAAUGCAUUAUCAUUGUCCCUCGGGACAUACAGCAUUGGCUUAAUGCAGUCCUCGUCGGUGAAGAGUGAGAUGUACCCCAUCUGGGCCGUAUCCUUGCUCACCCUCUUCGGCAGCAUUGACUCAAUCAGUGGGUACAACCUUGACCACAACAGCCAGUUCCUGAAGUUGCUAUACCAGCUCUGCCUCUAUUGUGGAUAUGUCCUACUAAUUGGUAUCUCCACCAUCUCCACUGAUGUAGGUAACAUUGCAAUUGGUGUUCUGUGUGCCAUCACUUUCAUUAAGGGCUUUCACAGAUCACUAGCAAGUGUGUUGCCAAGCAGAUUGCGGAAUGUGAACAAAUUGAUUGCUGAUUACAUGGGAGAGAGCCAUUCAAGAAGUCAUGAUGGUGACGUCAUUAUGAGAGAUUACCCUAAGUACGUGGUCGACUGGCCCCUAGACCAUUUCAGAAAAAGAAACAACAUAUUGGAGGGUAAUAAAGUCAUCACUACAAACAAGAUAUGGCUUCGCACCCUCACUUCAUCAGGACGAAACACUGAUUCUUACAGGGAUGUUUGCCUCUCCUUCUCCCUAUGCCAUUUGUUGCAACGGCGUUUCUUUGGGUUCGCAUGUGCUGAGUCCCGCCUUGAUGAGACCGAGGAUUUUGUCAACAAAGGCCUGCUUGUACAAAGGGAUGAUGGUACUGUUGACUAUGAGAGGGCAUUUAACGUCAUCGAGGUUGAGUUGUAUUUUCUCUAUGACAUAUUUUUCACCAACAAUGCCUUCCUUCAUUACUAUGAGUCGAAAGUUGCAACAAUUUGGACAUUUGCCUCAAUCAUUGGCAUAAUAUUUGUGGGAGUUGUGACUAUCAUACCUGGGGCAAGAACAACACAUAUUUCUGGCGACACUAUUGUUGUGACGACCACAUCAUAUGACCUUGUCAUCACUCUAGUAAUACUGGUCUCCAUUGCUUUGCUCCAAGUGAUGCAGUUGGUACGGUGUUGGACAUCCAACUGGUCUAAAGUUGCCCUUGUGUGUCAGUCUAUCAGAAAUGGAGACGGGGGCUGCCAAAUGAGGUUUAAAGCGUUUAUGACCAAGAUUAAUUUUUUCGCCGGCUAUGUCUGGCAACGUAAGCUUGGACAAUAUUCAUUUGUUGAAGCAAUCAGCACAAAAGAGUGUGUGUUGGCCACGUUUGUGAAACGUGCGUUUAAGGAAUGCAUCACUUUUUCAAGGAUAUUUGGGUUGCGGUACAUUGAGCAAGUUUAUGAGGAAAUGUUUGGCAGUCCUACAGGCAAUCAUGUUCUGUUGACCGCACACGUGAAGGAAGCCAUUGUUGACUCUUAUAUGCGCCUCUGCCUUAUUGACAAUGGUGAUCUAGGUACUUGGUCUUGGACUUGGCCGACAAUUGGUGUCUUUUCGGAGAGGAAAAAUGGACCGAGAACUAUUAUGGCUUGUCACAUUGCGACUUGUUACCUGGAAAUGGGGCAGUCAAAAAACAAGAAGUGGCUUGAUGAGCACCCUGUAGAAGAAGAGAGGGAGAAGCUAGCAGUGUAUUUUGAUGUUGCCACAACGUUGUCCAAGUUGAUUGUCUCCGCGCCACAGUUGCUUCCUCCGAACCCCUUGGAGACAAAAUCUGCUUAUAGUGCAGCUGCACGGGAAGCAAGACAUUUACUACGUGGGGCGGAAGACAAAUAUGAGGCAAUGAAACAUAUGGACUCAACAACAGGGGUGAUUACUAAUGAAGAAGAAUCAGAUUUCUCCAAGGAAGAAUCAGUUUUCCGGAAGGGCAUGGACCUAGGGAGGAGUCUCGAAAACCAGCCUGUGUUUGUUCUGUGGGAGGAGCUGGCAAGAUUCUGGGCCAAUAGGUUGCUCUAUGCCGCGCCUUCCGAUAAUGUGAAGGAGCACAUUGAUCAUCUCUCACGGGGUGGUGAGUUCAUCACGCAUCUCUGGGCUCUGCUGUUUCAUGCCGGCAUAGUCAAUGCCGACCAAUUCGAGCAAAAGCAGGUCCUACGGGAACACUGGUGACCACCAAGAUCGAUGUUGCCGCCACUGAGCUCAUUGAAAGUCACACACAUCCUAUUAUGUGGUCGAUUAAUUGCUUGCUCGGAUUUUACUCAUAUUGUUGUAAUAUCUCGUAAUGUAAUGUAAUGCAAGCCUGUGGGAGGCUGGGUUGGCCGUUUUUUUUUCCUUUAAUUAUGUGUAUGUGUGGAUUUGGGGUUUGUGCAAGUAUACAAACAAGUACUAUGUAAUAUGUGUAUAAAUUAUACUAGAGUGGGAAAAUAUACAUUAUAUGUUUAUUCUUUCAUAUAUUAUUAAAAAGUGCAAUUACUGUGCAAAUUGUGUGCAUGUUUUCGUCAUCAUUUGUUAUAAGUUUUUUUAUUUUCUUUCUUCUGCAAGGGUAAUAGCAAGGCCACCAAUUCAUUCCUUUUUUAGGAAACUUUUUUAGUUUUUAUUUUGCUUUAUUAUAGGGGGCAAGAAGAAGGCUGGAUGAAGAAGAAGGCAGCUGGGCCUUUGGAUCUCGAUCGGACAGUGGAGAGCGAUUUGACUAAACGCAAGGAAAAAAAAAUUCAGGCGUCUAUUUAUUAGUUGGCCCUAUAUAACCGGAAUGAAUGAAUUAUUGUCCACCGUGAGCUGCAACUUUUAAACACAACUAGUUGGUACUUCGUAUGCAAAUUUAGAAUUUGUUAGAACAAGAAGAACUGUACUGGGUGCAAUGUGGCAGAGUUAACUAGCUACGCCACAAAGACUGUAAUACUGCACUUUUUCAUGGAUUCGCCUCUGCCAGAAGGAGGGGGAACUUUAUCAAGAAACUGAGAAACGAUAGUGGUGACUAGGUAGAGGAUCCAGAUGAUUUAAAGAACCUGGCGGUGGAGUACUUCAAAACACUGUUCACGUCAGGCGUCCUACAUGCUGAUCUGGACGUGCUAGCAAAGGGGCCAAUGGCUCCUGUGCGACGUUCUUCAUGCGAAUUGGAAGGAGGAUGUAGUUCGAAUGAAUGGCUGUGAUGCGACGUUUUUGAAGCCAACAGUAGCUCCAAUGCGACAUGGCUCUGUUUAACCAU